UCGCUGCGCAUGCGUUACAGAUCCAAAAUGGAUUACUUCCGUAAAUAUUUGGGCACACAGCCUGGAGAAGGGCAGCCCACUGGCGCGGAGACGGUUGAGAGACUUGUUGAUAGGGCAUCUUCAUCCACACUCCUUGAAGAUCGUAGAGAUGCUGUCAGGGCCAUCAAGGCAUUGUCACGGAAAUUCAGGCUUGAAGUUGGAACACAGGCGAUGGAGACACUCCUUCAUGUGUUGGAAACAGACAGGUCAGACUCUGAGAUAACAGGAUAUGCAUUGGAUGCACUUUGUAAUGUCAUGUCUAAUGAACCUACAGAUGAUGAGGAGGAAGUACAUGACUAUGGACCAGAUGAUCUUGGUGCACAGUUCACAGAAAUCUUUAUAAAGAAACCUGAUAAUGUUGGACUUCUACUCUCUUUGUUAGAGGAAUAUGAUUUCCAUGUGAGAUGGCCUACUGUGAAGUUGAUCACUGUAUUAUUGACAAACAAAUGUAAAGAUCUGCAAGAGUGUAUACUGGUACAUCCUAUGGGCGUUUCAAAGUUGAUGGACCUGCUCUCUGAUAGUAGAGAAAUUGUUAGGAAUGAUGCUCUGUUACUGUUAAACCAGUUGACAAAGAGUAAUGCCAAUAUACAGAAGAUUGUGGCAUUUGAAAACGCCUUUGAAAGACUUCUUGACAUUAUUCAUGAAGAAGGUGGAAUAGAUGGAGGAAUAGUCGUUGAAGACUGUUUACUCCUGUUGUUAAACCUACUGAAGAAUAAUUCCUCAAAUCAAAACUUCUUCCGAGAGGGCAGUCAUGUUAAAUAUUUGACACCAUUCUUUGACCUUGAUCAAGAUCAACAAAGGUCACAGGUUGGCUGGUCUGCGCAGAAAGUUACAAACAUACAUCUUGUAUUACAGCUUGUGAGAUCACUGGUAUCUCCUAGUAACCCACAACAGUUAACCAGUAACUGUCAGAAGACGAUGUAUACAUGUGGUUUGGUGCAGCAGUUAUGUACAAUAUUGAUGGCCAGUGGUGUACCUGCAGAUGUUCUUACAGAGACCAUUAACACAGUGGCUGAAGUUAUUCGAGGAAAUCUUCAGAACCAGGAGUACUUUGCCUCGGUUAUGGCUCCAUCAAACCCACCCAGCUACCCAAGUCUGAUACCAGCUAUUGUUGUGCUUCUUAUGUCCAUGGUGAAUGAGAAACAACCUUUUACACUCCGAUGUGCAGUCCUUUACUGUUUCCAGUCAUUUCUGUAUAAAAAUGAAGUUGGCCAGUCACAGAUUGUUCAGACUUUAUUACCUACUUCUGCUGAUGUGAACACAAUAUCAGCAGGACAGCUAUUGUGUGGGGGAUUAUUCAGUACAGACUCCCUGUCAAACUGGUUUGCUGCAGUUGCCAUGUUAAAUGCCAUAUCGGACAAUGCAACACAGAAAGAACAGUUAUUACGUGUACAACUAGCCACUAGUCUCGGCAAUCCACCUGUCUCACUGUUACAACAGUGUUGUAAUAUAGUUGCUCAGGGUGGUCGUGUACAGACUCGGCUAGGUAUCCUGAUGUUGCUGGCAACCUGGAUGGCAGAUUGUACAACGGCUGUCGCACAUUUUCUCUUCAACACUGCAAAUGUUCCUUAUCUGAUCUCGCAGGUGUCUUCAUCAGAUGGAGAUGAAAAUGAACAGAAUGUUCAGGGUUUAUGUGCCUUCCUUCUCGGUAUAUGUUUACUGUGUAAUGAUGACCAGAAUGAAACAUUCACAACUACAUCAUUGUGGCAGAUCAUUGAGAAGAGGAUUGGUCUGGAGGCAUUUACAGACAAACUCACACAGGUCACCAAGUCUGAGAGUUACACACGAGCCAUGAAGAAACCUCACAUAAACUAUAAACAAGCCAAUGAAGUUGUCUUUGACUAUGAGUUUUGUAGAUUGUUUAAAAGUGUAGAACAUGAUAUUUUGAAAGCUUUAUCAUCAAAUAACAGAGAAGAAAGCAAAAAGCAGCUAGCCAAUUUAAAAGAACAUGAAAGUAUUGUAACACAGUAUAAAGAUUUAAUCCAAGAACAGGAUGGAAGGUUACGAGAAGCACAGGGUCAGUUAGAGAAUAUUCAAAGUGAAUAUAACAAAGCUAGAAAACAGAUAGAAGAUUAUGCUCAACAAAUACAACAGCUUAAAGACCAGAAUGCUCUAUUAAAAGCUACUAAAGGUUCUAAAUCCUCCGAUAGUGAUAAAGAAGAGGAAGUUAGGAGUUUAAAUGAUAGAUUACAAAGUCUUAGUUUACAGUUAACAGAAAAACAAUCACAUAUAGAUAAAUUAAAAACAGAUUUAUCUGUAGCGGAGGCGAGGGUUGUUGCCCAGGACCUGGGAGAGGAGGAUAAAGAAAAUAAUCCUAGUGAAACGGCAGUGUUACAACAAACUGUGAAUAGAUUAAAUACUGAUUUACAUGAACUGCGUGUUGAAGUGUCUAGUAAAGACGCAGAAAUUCAUAGACUUAAUUCAGAGUGUAGUCAGUUACAAACUCAAUUACAACAAGUGCAAUCAAUACCAAAUACCAGUCAAGAAUCAGAUGCCAAAGCAGCCUCACUCUCCGAGGAAGUUACAAAACUUAUGGACGAGAGAAAUACAUUACAAGACAGGGUUAAAAAGGCAAAUGAAGAAAAUUUAAACCUUAUUGACAAAGUUCAUAAAAUGGAAGAAGAAUUGUCUAGAAAAGAUGGAGAGAAAGAUUCAGUAAAGGAAGAAUUGGAAACACUGAAGAAAGAACAAGAAGAUUUAUUGGUGUUGUUGGCAGACCAAGAUACAAAAAUUGAUAAAUAUAAACAGAAAUUGAAGGAGCUUGGUCAGGAGGUUGAGGACGAUGAUGAUGACGAUGAUUUUGAUGAUGAAGAUGUUGAUGACGAAAGUUGAGAAUAUGAUAUCCUAGUUGUCAUGAAGAUUUCCCCUAUAUUUGAACUGAAGAUAACCGAGUCAAAACUGUGAUUUAUUUUGAAUAAACAAUGGGUCAAACUGGUGCAUAGGAUCUGAAUCAGAGCUUAUUUAUUGGACAUGGUCCAUUGUUGAAAUUACACCUUGAUUUUUCUAAAACUAGCAAUUUUAUAAUAAUUGGUAUUACUUCAGAAAUUAAAGGUUUUUUCUUUCUAAUUUAUAUAUUUCUUAAGUUGCUGAAUCAAUUGCAUUAUCAUAGUGAUUUUAUUGAUUUGAAAUAAAUGGGAAUUUUAUAUUAUGAUACAUUUUUGUACACCAAAAAUAUGGUUAAAGAUUGAAAUAGUAAAACCAAAGUUGUUUACCAUUUGGUUUAUUUCGCUACAAUUUUCAAAACCACGCAGGAUGAUCAAUGGCAGCUAUUAAAUCUGAUUGUUGUAGUCUAACCAUUCCAUGUGGUUUCUGUCUUGGCCUCCUCCCCUGUCUUUUAAACCACUGUAAAAACUUAAAAUAUUGCUUUUAAUUGUGUCAGUGUACAAUACUGUUAAAUGUAUGAUAUGUUAUAUUAACUUAUUUCACCUGGUAGAUUAAUUAUUAGGAAAAUGUGAAGCUGUAUGAAUACUUCAGCUAAUUCCUAUGACACCGGUGCCAGGUGAACUGGUGUCAUAGAGGAUGUGAUUGUGAUAGUGGGAUUUGAAAUUUUAGGUAACCCAAACCAAUUGCAGAAACAUCCCCUCCCCUGCUACAUUACUGUUGAUAUAAUCACAGUAUGAUUAGAUUCUUAUUACAAAUGAUUACAUGAUCUGUUAAAGAAAUAAUCAUGAUCUGCUAAAAAAUAAUUUUUAUGAAUUUUUCCAAAUUAUGAUAUACAGUUGAAUUUCGGUAUCUUGAAUUCAAAAGAAUCGAGCGUUUCAUUUGUCAUAGCCGAAAUUCAACUCAAAACCUUAUUUUGGGCAAUCAGUUUUCUUGUUCGAACUUGAAAAUGUCUUCGAGAUGGUUGAAUUUUGAGAUUAAAAGUUCAACAUACUGAGUUUCAACUGUAAUUUAUAAUAUGAAAUAUAAAUAUGUAUUCCUCUGUUGCAAAAUGCUACGGUCGAAUUAUGAGGUACUCUAAUUGCAACAUACAUUUAAGGUCGUGGAUUGAUAUUAACCCUCGGCAAAUGUAGCUCAACCCCCGCACGACUACAUUAAAGCCGAAAAAUUGAGAAGUCAUAAACAAAGAAUACCAAAUCUGCUGAUAAUUACAUUAAAUCAUCAUUUUGGGAAUGCAGUUUUGAAAGAUAUUCUUGAUAAUCUUUAUUGAGUGAAGCAAUUUUAAAUGGAAUAUGUUAAUUCAGUUGACUGAAUGAAUCAUGCAUGAGCUUUAUUUUAGUUGGGAACACUGGUGCCUAUUGUCUGCUGAAACAGCCAAACGCUUCAUUUUUUGUACCCAGCAUUUUGUCUGUAUAUUGACUGGAAUAAAGUUGUAUUUAUUUUCGUUACCAUAUUGUAAAUUGUAUAUACAAGUGUCUUGUUGCUGACAAGAUUGUUAUUAUGUAUAAACAAAUUAAAGAUGAUAAAAAUGAAACGUGGAA